AUGUCGCCUCAAAACUAUGAUAAGCUGAAUCAAAAUGAUGAUGAGUGUUUUGAGCAAGAGCUGCGGAAACAGGAGGAGUCAUACUCCGCCCGCUUACGGUCGCCGCGGCUUCCGAACCUCAACUUCCUUUUGGCUUUAGCCGCUGCCUUUGUCCUUGGGGGUUUCACGGCGUUCGAAAGCUUGACAAAUUUGGGCUGGGCGGAAAGGAUAAAGAGUGAUCUUCUGCCACAGGUUGCUUUCUUCCCUUCAUUUCCGUCGGUACUGGUCAAUUUCACGAACGGAGGCGAGUUUGCUUCUUACGAUAAUAGUUCUGAUGAAGCUUGGCAAGGCUUGGUGCCAUUGGGUGCUGGGUAUUUACGCGUUCCAAACCCUCAACAAUAUGAUCUACCUCCGACUUUCAUUCUCAACAAUACAGACCAAACUAAUGUAUAUCAAGCUUCAGUUAUACAUCAGCUCCAUUGCUUGGCAUUUAUAAGAUCACACAGCAGAGCCUUAGAAAAUGGUGAGAUAUUAGAGGAUGUCGAGGGAAACAGGUCUCAUAUGUUACACUUUCGUCAAGCUAUUGUAUGUCACGCCGAUACGACACUCGAAAAAGGUCUACCGACAGGAAAGUUCGUUGGUGAUGGAGUACUUCACCAAUGCCGAGACUGGGAUGCUGUUAUGGAGUUCCUCGUUAAAAAAAGAGCCUACAACGAUGUCGGAUCUAUACUGCAUACAUAG